AUGCCUCAGGAAUUGAUACAAUCUACGCUUUCUGGAUUCCAAAUAGACCUGGAUUUGCAGUCUAUUUCUAGGAUUUGUGAGAGAUUAGAUACAAUAAGCAAAAAUAGAGAAAUAAAACAGCAAAAUAUUAAGACUAUUUCUAAAAAUCUUGAAAGACAACUAGAAAUUUCUAAAUCAUCGAUUCAAGCAUAUGAAAAUUCUCCAUCUAGGGCAGAACAUGCAUCAAUAAUCUUAGCAAUGGAUCGGGAUAAGUUUAGUCUUGCAAAAAAUAUCAAUGAGCUUGAAUCAUCAAUUCAUACAUUGGAUACGACGUAUUUAAGGUUGAAGGAGGAGUUGGAAGAGCUAGAAUCGGAAGAUAUUAUGAAAGAUAAUUAUGAAAUGACAGAUGAUUCUACAUUACUUCGUCUCAAAAUUUAUCGUACAUUGGGGAUUGAUUUACAUGAAGAUGAAGCAGGUAAUUAUGUUAAGGCGAUUAUACGAAAUAAGAACAAUAAUGAUAUGCAUGUGGUUAAUAUUGAGCCGAGAUAUAGUAGCUUUUUUUAUUCUAAUUAUCUUUGGGAUUUGAUUUCAACAUAA